AUGAACCAACGUGCAUGCUGUGCCAUACAGGAAAGUCACCUGACAAGGGGUAAUGUGAUUGCCCCUCCUUCUGCGGCAUGGACCGUCACUGAGACAUUGACAAUGCACAAAGAUAUCAAUCCUCCACGGGUCGAGAACACAUGUAAAUGGUUUCUGGAUGAUCCAAUCUUUCCAAAAUGGAAGAAUAGCAGCCAUGAUGAUCUUUUAUGGCUAUCGGCAGGUCCUGGGCAAGGCAAAUCUGUUCUUUCGAGGGCCUUAAUUGACGAUCGACUGGUUGAAGAUGGGUCAGCCACAAUUUGCUACUUCUUUUUCAAAGAAAAUGAAGAGCAAGACAAUCUUGCCACAGCGAUUUGUGCACUUUUACACCAGCUGUUUUACGAUCAGAAUAGUCUUUUCCAAAAGCACGCUGAGCUCCAAGUACGUCAGCAUAAGGACAAACUAAAGUUGGAUUCCAGCGCCCUAUGGGAUUUGUGGAUAUCUGCUGCAUCCGAUUCUACCAAGGAUGUAAUCUGCAUCAUUGAUGCUCUGGACGAAUGUCGACAACCAGAUCGCAAUCAACUACUAGAGAAGCUGGAGCGAUUCUAUCUGACUUCUUCAGAAGGAAAACGGGUCGGAGCAAAGAAUUCCAAAUUGAAAUUCAUCGUCACUAGCCGUCCGUACGGGGAUAUCGAGUGGGGUUUUGCGAAGAUAAUCAAUCGCGAUCCAAAAAUUCAAUUGGCUGCAGAGAGUAAAGUGCAUAUAAUCAGCCAGGAGAUCAAUGUUGUCAUGGAGGCCAAGGUGGACGAGAUUGUGGAUAAAAGACAUCUUGACGAUGAGAUUCGGACAGCGUUGAAGGACCGAUUUUCUGAAAUUCCGAAUUCAACUUAUCUUUGGCUCCACAUCACACUAGAUUCUUUGAAGAGCAGGCUUGGCUCUACGAAAAGGAAAUUAUUACAACAAAUCAAUGAAUUGCCUCGAAGUGUUGAGCAGGCUUACGAAGACAUAUUACGACGCUGUGACGAGGAGAAUGAGGCAGAUGGAAGAAGGCUGUUGGAAAUCAUCGUUGCAGCACGCCGUCCUCUGAAGUUGUCCGAAAUCGACAUUGCUCUGGAAAUUCAACCCAAUCAUACCUCAUUUGAUGAGUUAGACCUUGAAGGCCUUGACAAGAGGAGAGAGUGGAUACGCCACGCAUGCGGGUUGUUUGUCAGCGUAAUCGACUCGCGUGUCUAUCUGAUCCACCAAACAGCGCGAGACUUUUUACUCCGCCAAGCAGGAGAAAGUGAGAAUCUAAGCAUAUGGAGACAUUCAAUCCGCCUGGAGGAAGCCCAUCUGGCCCUCUCAAAGAUAUGUAUUACAUAUCUGCUUUUUAAAGAUUUUCAAAAUGUGGAUCACCGAUCUUCUCCUGCUCUCCAAGCUUGCUUACCCAACGAGGCCUUUCUGCACUAUUCUGCAACUCAUUGGAUAGAUCAUACAGAACAGACUUUACAAACUAUGAACAUGCGCGAAGAUUGGAUAAGCAAAAUGGCUCAACUUUGUGAUACACAAAAUAGGCUGUUUUGGCUCCGUUAUCAUAUAAAUAUCACAAACCGAAGUCAUCAUCUGUUGGAAAAUCAAUCAGCGUUCUAUUGUGCUUGUAUAUUGGGCCUAGUACCGGUCGCAACCUUUUUGCUUGACCGAUCAAGGGAUUUUCUCGUGGUGAUCCCAAAGAAAUUAGUCAUCGAAGUUGCGCUAAAUCCUUCAAAGGACGUACUACAGCUUCUACUAGACCGUCGAGGAGAGGAUAUCCAAAUCACCGAGGAGGUCGUUAAGGCAGCUGCGUCGAAUCCAUUUUCAAAUAAGGUGCUAGAGCUUCUCCUAGACCGUCGAGGAGAGGAUAUCCAAAUUACCGAGACGGUUAUUAUCAGUGCUAUUAGGAAUUUUAGGACGCCUAUGCUACAGCUUCUCCUAGACCGACGAGGAGAGGAUAUCCAAAUCACCGAGGAGAUCGUUAAUACAGCUGCGUUUAAUCGUUCAAAAGACGCACUACAGCUUCUCCUAGACCGACGAGGAGAGGAUAUCCAAAUCACCGAGGAGAUCGUUAAUACAGCUACGUCGAAUCCAUCAAGUGCAGUACUACAGCUUCUCCUAGACCGACGAGGAGAGGAUAUCCAAAUCACCGAGGAUAUCGUUAAUAUAGCUACGUCGAAUCCAUCAAGUGCAGUACUACAGCUUCUCCUAGACCGACGAGGAGAGGAUAUCCAAAUCACCGAGGAUAUCGUUAAUAUAGCUACGUCGAAUCCAUCAAGUGCAGUACUACAGCUUCUCCUAGACCGACGAGGAGAGGAUAUCCAAAUCACCGAGGAUAUCGUUAAUAUAGCUACGUCGAAUCCAUCAAGUGCGGUACUACAGCUUCUCCUAGACCGACAAGGAGAGGAUAUCCAAAUCACCGAGGAGGUCGUUAAUAUAGCUGCGUCAAAUCCAUUUUCAAAUAAGGUGCUAGAGCUUCUCCUAGAUCAACGAGGAGAGGAUAUCCAAAUUACCGAGACGGUUCUUAUCAGUGCUAUUAGGAAUUUUAAGACGGACACGCUACAGCUUCUCCUAGAUCGACGAGGAGAGGAUAUCCAAAUCACCAAUGAGGUCUGUAAGGCAACUAUGUUUGAUCUUUCAAAAGACGCGCUACAGCUUCUCCUAGACCUACGAGGAUAUCUAAAUCACCGAGUUCGUAGAAAUAGACUACGUAUAAUUAAGAAAAGCGAAAUCUAUGACGAGUCUGUGACGGACCUUCUGCGGGCCAUUUCAUAUAGAGUAGUGUUAAAAAAGCUGUUCAAAGAAGUCUGA